AUGCUUCCAGCUUUAAUUUCUUCCAUCGCAAUCGUCGUGACUUCUCUCUCCGGUGUGGCCGCCCAAGAUCCAGGCCAAACUGUUCUUUUCCAGACGAUCCUCGCUGCUGCUCCGGGAAAAUGUCUUUCCGCUUCCGCCAAUGCAAAUGGUGCCCCGGUUGUCAUUGGUGACUGUACUCCUACCGCCAACAACUCUUGGGUUGUUCCCAGCGGCCAAGGUAUCCCCUCGACGCUGCAAGUCUUUGGCGACAAAUGCCUCGAUGUAAAGGACGGCGCUAACGCCGACGGGACCAAACUCCAGAUUUGGACAUGUGCAGCAGGCAAUACCAACCAGCAAUGGAUCACUGGUGGUUGGGAUCAAACCAUAGCUUGGGCCAGUAAAAACAAGUGUCUCGAUGUCACCGAUGGCAAGGCCGACAACGGGCAACCCAUUCAACUUUGGGACUGUGAUUGGACCAAUAACAACCAACGUUGGAAUGACCCCACAGUAACUCAUCCCAAAUCCUUUACCAUUGGUUGGCAAUCGGACCCGUCUCUUUGUGUUGGCGCCGCAAUCAAAGGAGUCAAUGCCUCCGUUGUGAUCCUCCACUGCGAUGCUUCUUCUCCUGCUCAACGCUUUACCGACCCUCUCAACAACGGCGAGAUUCGCCCGUGGUCCGACGAUCCCAAUGCUAACCUCUGCAUCGGCCCCCGCGCCGGCCUCACUGCUGGGGGCACCAACCUCGUUACCAUUCCAUGCGACGAAAACUCCGCCACACAGCACUGGAACCAUCCGGGCGGGCUUGGUUAUCUCAUGGACGGCGCUAGCAAUGGCUUCAAGAACUGUAUGGACUUGAAGGACGGGAACGGCAGUCCUGGUGCACCGAUCCAAAUCUGGGACUGUACCGAAUUUGCUGGGCAGGGCAAAAACAAGAACCAGGACUGGAAUGUUACCAACUACUACUGA